AAACGGAAGCAAUGGCCUGGUUUGUAUUACAAAACCUUCGCUAAUUUAAUGGCACACGGGAAAAAGAACUGCAUAUGCUUCUUGUAUCUCAGAGCUGAUUUGUAAUAUAACUAUUUGUAAUACAAUUUGAAAUAAAUUCAUGUACAAGACCAUGUUACAAAAAUAUGCCAUCUCUUUCAUUGCCUUCUAGAACCUCUGUUGUAAAUAUGAACCUUCACAAAAAGGUAAAUAAAGUCACUCAUCUGGCACCAACAAUACUUCAACAUGGUCUCAGCCACCUGGAAAGCAUGACCUUACACUGUGACGGAGCAAACUCCUUCAUUCUAGGCAAAAGAUAGGACUGUGAGCUCUGUUAUAAACUCUGCCAUGUUUCAAGUGCCAUAGUCUUCCACCCCUCAAGACAUUUUAUAGCAGUCAUGUCCAGCCUUUCUAAGGAAUGGUCUGAUUGCCAUGCGUAUUUUCACCUGUGUGGACCUAGCAAAAAUGUAUGUGCCCGUGGCAUGCCUACCUGUGUGUCCGUACUGGAAAGGGGGUGGCCAUGAGUAGCCACAAGCUGCCAGAGCAAGUCGCCAACUUUAUAAGCUGCUUCCAGAUGGCAGCACUCUUGGGAAGGAGGGCAGCAGAGAGUGAGUCAUUCACAGGCUUGUUGAAGUGGUCUGGGAGGUCACCUUCCCCUUGGAGGAGGUACUUGAAAUGAAAAGAGUGGUGGGCGAAAUAAAUUAAAGUCAAGGAAAAUCCUCCCUGAAAUCACUACCCCAACCAUUAUUAUUCAGUUGUUAGAUAUACCUUUGGCAGUAAUUUUGAAAUUGUCGAUCUUGUUGAACUUAAAAAUUGUUGAACUUAAAGGUUCUCUGGUGCUUCUCCAGCAGAGGCCUGUGCAGCAUUGCCAACAGCAACACUGCUGCUGCCACAGUUAGGGUUAUGGGUCAGUGGAAAACAGGCUUAGCUGAGGAAGGGGACCCAAAAGGAAAGUUCUCUCCUCUGAAGCUGCAGUGAAUGGGAGGCUGCAUUUCUGGGAGUGGAAACAUGGGGCUGUGCCCCACAUGCGACUUGCUGUGUCAGGUCUCCUUCAGUAGCCUUCACUGACAGCAGUCAUCGGUAGCAUGAGCACAACUGUAUAAGAACAUUUCACUUCUUUAUUAACUGUAUCAACUCCCCUCACCCUUUAGCUUCAUCCACAUCCCCUGCUGUUCAAUAGCUAGCAGCCAUGGCCUUACAGCUUCAGGAGCUCUCGUCCUCCCUGCCAUCAUGGCUGUCCUGCUCACAGGAGCACCACGCCAAGACCCUGAGGCAGCUGCCAUGCGAGCUCGCUCCCAACCCAGCAGCAAUACAGUCACACUGGUGUGGCAUUCACCUCCCCUAGAUAGUCCCACCGAGGUGAGUUCUUCAUAAUUAUGUCUCCAUAAUUAUUUCCUUCUCCAGUGAGGCAGGAGGGAAGCACGCGCUGCCCCACACGCCGUGGAGGAGGUGUGCAUUACCUCCCACCAUCGUAUGCCUCACUCUUGGGUGACAGGGAGAGGGGGGCAGGAAAAGGACCCAAAGGUGUGUUCCUUCACCACCUACUGCUUGACACUUGAGCCCUGGUUUUACGACGGUCAAGUGUCACAGGGGACUGAGCUGCAGGGUGAAUCAAACGCUAUAUUUAGGAAGAACAACUGGAAGCUAUGACAGGAAUUCUCUUUUACACUUUGCUUCUCAACCGAGUUCCACUGCAGCCUGGAGCAGCUCUCGGUGCCAUCCAGGCUGAAAGCAUCGGAGCUAUUUCAGACACAUUCAAAGGAUCACAGUCAAUAUCUCAGCUGGUGGAAGAGGCUACCUCUUUCAGCAUCGAAAGGAGGGAUAAGACUCUGUCUUAAAAAUGUCAAAGCAGCCAGCGUCACAUGUCAAAGCCAUUCAGGCUAAUAUUAACAUCCCAAUGGGAGCAUUUCGACCUGGUGCAGGCCACCCUCAUAAAAGAAAAGAACUAACAACUGAAGAAGUGGAGGAGAGUGUUCCUGCUACAGAGGAGGAGAAAGAAAAGAAGCAUCUCCCAGGAGCUAAGAAACUUCCAGGUCCUGCUGUCAACUUAUCAGAGAUUCAGAACGUAAAGAGUGAGCUGAAAUUUGUCCCCAGAGCUGAACAGUAGUUGGAAUAAGCAGAGUAGUCAUCUGAAUUGCCAGUUGUGCCUGACACAAGUCCUUUUUAUCAUGAAGAGAGACAGAGGAGCUAAGCUGAGUAAAAGAACAUCAUCUGGAAUUUACUGCACAGAAACAUUAAAGAAGAGAAAAUAAAAAGCAGUGCAAAAGGAUUCUGUGAACACAGAAGUGCUGUGGUCCAGGAAUCUUGAAAGAAAUGGCGUAUAAUCUGAGUGAAUUGUCCCAAUACACACUGUACGUUAAUUUAUUUUUUAUGUGCAGCAUAAAUAUGCCAUUUAGAAGGAAAAUAUGUUUAUUUUUUUCUUACUUUUAACCAGCUCUGCCAUAAUGUGCAUGUUAUUUUUGAAGCAACAACAGAGUCUUUCUCUUCAGGAAACUUGGGAAAAGGAAGAUUAACAUUUUGUAAAAUGUAACAUUGUAGUCAUCACACUAAAGCAGUGCCCAGAGAAAUAUGAAUUUUUAAUGUGAGGCUUUAAAGAUUUUUUUAAUUUAUUUUUUUGUUUAAGAGAUAUUUAGAUAGAAAUUUAACCCCAUAUUUAGUCUCAGGUGAUUGCUAUUUUCAAUGUUUAAAAUUGUUAUUUUAUAAUUAGCUUACUGAGAGUCUGACAAAAACAUUUAGGGCACACGCAGAGAUUCACUGUAAAGAAAAGAUUUCUACAGGAAGAUCAGCAAAAUGAAAGUGAAAGCUGUGAGGUCAUUAUGAAGUCAUUUCUGUCUCCGUCCUUCUUGUGAUGUUCUAUUUGAUUAUCAGGUCCCAACGCUGACACAGAUGGGAUGGCUGAUCACAUCAUUCAUGGAAAGGGCAGAAAGGAGGAAAGGGUGAGGGGACUCUGAAAUACAGGAGGGUGGCAAGAGGGAAUGAUUGUGUGAAAUAACAUUGUCCAGCUGGGAGCAGGAGGUGAUCUGAGGUUGCACACAUUCGGCCAUUAAGUAAUUACUCGUUGUAAGUGCGUGUGAUUGAUUGGAGGUGUCUCCCCCAGGAGAUAAACAGUGCAGUGUUUCUGAUUCCAAAUAUUCCUGCAAUGAUGCUAAAUAUGAUCACCAUUUACCUAUUUAUCUGGCUAAUGUGAGAAAUAUUGCUUUCUAGAUUUUGGAUAGUACAGUCACAGAUCACAUCUGAAAACUUAAUUUCCAGAAGAUUUUCAGACACGGUACUCACUGGAGACUAGGAGUUCAGUUUUAGUUGCACUGCAGAACUAAGCAUAUGCAUAAAUUCUACAUGAAAUUGAAAUGUAAAUCAAUCACUUGCCAGAUACAGCAGCCUGGAAAGGUACCAAAUCUAAGGACUGUCUCCCAUAGAGGAUGUUCAUUAGUUCCGCUGUUUUAGGCAUGGCCUGCAGCGUUAUAUAAAAUGUGAUGUAGUCAGUGAGUUGUUUUAUGACUGUCCAUUCCAAGCCAGUGAAGAUUAUCUUUUUUUGCAACAAGUCCAUACUCACAUCUGCCUGAUACGUUGCUUCAUGUCCAAGAAGGGGUUACUGACCAUCCUCUAGAUGUGAUGCUCUCUAAAGAAUGGUACAUUGACUGGUCAACAGAAUAUGUCUGUGCAGAGUGCAUACUGAUAAAUGAGUGCAAUCUUUGGAUUUCAUUGUUUGGAAAUGAAUUCUCUCUCACAUCACUACAAUAA